AUGUCGACGCUCGCGUCCUUCAAGAUUCCUGACAUCAAAAACGAGCCGAAUCACCACUAUGAAAAGGGCUCUACAUCAAGAGAAGGCCUUACUGCUGCCCUGGAAGCAUUUGGGAAGAGGGGACCCCUCGAAGUUCCCGUUGUGAUCUCGGGCAAAGAGAUCAAGACUUCCUCGAUCCUCAGUCAGAAGAAUCCCUCCUCCCACGCCACCACCGUUGCGAACUACUCAAGUGCUUCGGCAGCGGAGGUGGGGGACGCAAUUGAGGCAGCCCUUGCGGCGAAGCCCGCAUGGGAGUCACUUCCCUUCGCGGAUCGAGCAGCCGUGUUCCUCAAAGCGGCCGAUCUCAUUGCUGGCAAGUACCGUUAUGAGGUAAUGGCCGCGACGAUGCUGGGCCAGGGCAAGAAUGCGUGGCAGGCCGAGAUCGACGCCGCAGCAGAGCUAUGCGACUUCCUGAGGUUCAAUGUCAGAUAUGCCGAAGAGCUGUACAGCGUGCAGCCGCCAUACAACUCAAGCGGCGUAUGGAAUCGAUUGGAGUUCAGACCAUUGGAGGGUUUUGUUUAUGCGGUCAGCCCUUUCAAUUUCACAGCCAUUGGUGGCAAUCUGCCUGCGGCACCAGCUUUGAUGGGGAAUGUGGUCGUGUGGAAGCCGAGCGACUAUGCGGUGGCGAGUAACUAUUUGGUGUACCAGAUCCUGCUUGAGGCGGGCUUGCCUGCCGGUGUCAUUCAAUUUGUUCCAGGCAAUGCGGAGGAGGUCACGAAGGCUGUGCUAGGUCACAAAGAGUUUGCGUCGUUGCACUACACUGGGUCGACGGCGGUGUUCAGGAAGCUGUACGGGCAGAUCGCGCAGGGCGUUGCAGAAGGCAAGUACAGAGGCUACCCAAGGAUCGUGGGUGAGACAGGUGGCAAGAAUUUCCAUCUUGUUCACAGGUCGGCAGACGUCUCGAACGCGGUGGUGCAGACUGUCCGUGGUGCCUUCGAAUUUCAGGGACAAAAGUGCUCAGCUUGCUCGAGGCUAUAUGUCCCUUCGUCGCUAUGGCCUGAAUUCAAGAAGCAGCUGCAGGCGGAAGUCGAGAAGUUGAAGGUGGGCUCACCGGAGGAUUUCGGCAACUUCAUUGGUCCGGUCAUUCACGAGAACAGCUUCAAGAAGCUAAAGGGCGUUAUCGAUGCUGCGAAGGAUGACAAGGAGCUCGAGCUCGUUGCCGGCGGCAAAUAUGAUGACUCAAAGGGCUACUUCAUUCACCCGACAGUCUACGAAACCAAGAACCCAUCCCACAAGAACCUGCACACCGAGUUCUUCGGCCCUGUCUUGACAGCUCACGUCUACGACGAUACAACCCCUGAUGCUUUCGAAAAGAUUUGCAAAACCAUCGACGGCACAUCCGAGUAUGGUCUCACCGGAGCAGUAUUUGCUAAAGACAGAGCUGUGCUGCGAUAUGCCGAGGAAGCUCUGCGGAACGCCGCCGGCAAUUUCUAUGUCAACGGCAAGUGCACGGGUGCUGUCGUCGGUCAGCAGCCAUUUGGCGGCGCACGCGCGUCUGGUACCGACGAUAAAGCCGGUAGCAUGCUCUUGCUCCAACGCUUUGUGACGCCUCGCGCUAUCAAGGAAGACUUCCUGCCUGCAACGGCGGUCGAGUAUCCCUCUAAUGCGGUGUAA